AUCAAUCCACAGCACGUUUGUGGUCUCUUCUCAUCAAGAUUUCAGGGGCCAUGUAUCCUAUUGUUCCACAAAAUGUGCAUGUGACUGUUCCAUCAUGAAUAGAUUCUUUGCAUAGUCCAAAGUCUGUUAGUUUCACAUGCCCUUGUUGAUUAAGCAUGAUGUUCUCCAACUUCAGGUUUCUGUAGAUAAUUCCAUCUUGAUGUAAAUUCCCCAACGCCAUGGAGACUGCAGCCAAGUAAAAGGAGGCUGUGUCUUUUAUGAAUAUUCCCUCUUUUUCUAACUGCGUAAAUAGUUCUCGUCCACUGAGAUAGUCAAGGAUGAGGUAGAGUUUUCCACUGGUCUGAAAGGCAUAGAUUAAAUUCACAAUGAAGGGAUGCUUUCCUACCUCCAGAAUAUUCUACUCUGCUUUUAUAUAUGAGCUGUAUCUUUAGCAUUUCUUAUUAUCAUUGUCAUUUUAAGCAUCUUCAUGGCAAAUUUCUUCCCAGUAUUUUUGUACUUGAAAAACCUUUCCAUAGCCCCCUUUACCAAGUACCCAAAGUAGCUCAAAACAUCUAGUCUGAUUUUUUUUUUCCUGGCCCUGUGUUCACACUAGUUUCUGUGAUUUCAAAUUUCUCGCUAUGUUUGAUGCCAAAUUCAUAAUGGUUCAACUCCCCCUUAGUCUGUGCCUUCGUUUAACUGACCCCUUGCCCUCCAGCUCAUCCUCAGAGCCUGAGUCCUCUGGCUGGUCCAUGUCUCUGUCAAACACUCCUGCUGUGUCCUCAGCUUCCCUGUCUUGGAAGUCAGGUGUAGGAGUCCAAGUGGUGAUUAGGUUUUCUAUUUGUAACAGUUUAAAAGAUUUUAAAAUUACUGACAUUUUUAUUUUUAUUUUUUCCAUUCUUCAGGAAAUUGCCAUACAUCUCUCUACUAUACUUUAAUUUGCUCAGAACAUUUAAUUAGUUGAGCAUGUCACCUCACACCUAGUAUUUUUGAGGCAGAGGCAGAGUUCAAGGCUAUCCUGAUCCAAAUAGUGAUUACUAUUUUGUCAUAUUACUUCUCUGUAUCUGUGCAUGUCUUGAAAUCUUGUGAGGCAAAGAGUGAUAGACUGAUGUUUCUGACCAAACAUUCCAUCUGUGGAGCGCGCAUGCCCAGUGCAUGAGUGGCAGUGAGAGGACAACUUGAGACUCGGUUCUUCUCAAGUGGGAUGCAAACUCAGGACACAGUGACCUAUGAGGAUGUGCAUGUGAACUUCACUCAUGAAGAGUGGGCUUUGCUGGAUCCUUCCCAGAAGAGUCUCUACAAAGAUGUGAUGCUGGAAACCUAUUGGAACCUCACUUCCAUAGGGUACAAAUGGAAUGACCACAGUAUUGAAGAGCAUUGUCAAAGUUCUGGAAGACACGGAAGGCAUAUCAACUGUCACUGUGGAUAUAGGCCAUGUGCACAUCAGGGACAUGGAAAGAAGGUUUCUACCUCUGUUUCUUCUGGAGCAAUUAGAAGAUAUGAUGUGGUCACUACUAUAAGAAAACAUAAUGACUGUGAUACAAGUUUCCACUCCCACUUUGGAGAAAGACAUUAUGAGACCAAGGAAGAUGGAAAUUCACUUGUCUAUACAGGUUCACUAUCUUCCAGUUCUUUUCAAAGACAUGAAGAAACUCAUUUGGGAAGAGGAAGUGAAAAAUGUGAGCUUUUUGCUAAAGCGUUUAGCCAUCACAGGUAUCUUCAAACACGCAAAAUAUCUAAUAAUGAUGAGAAUCUCUAUGAAUGUAAAGCAAUUAGAUAUGAUUCCUCUUUACAUCAAAGAACUCAUUUGGAAGAAAAGCCCUGUGAAUAUAAUCAAAAUGAUAAAGUCUCUGCAUAUCCCAGUCUUCAUCAAGUACACAGACCUCAUUCUGUAGUGAAAACCUGUGAAUAUCAGCAAUAUGAUAAAAUCUUUGCAAGUCCCAGUUAUCUUCAAAUAUGUAAAAGAAGGCAUAAUCGAGAGAAACCCUAUGGAUGUAAUCAAUGUGGUAAAGCCUUUGCAGAGAAGAGUAGUCUUCACCGGCAUGAAAAGAGUCAUACUGGAGAGAAACGCUAUGGAUGUAAUCAUUGUGGUAAAGCCUUUGCACACAAGUAUAAGCUUCUCAUUCAUGAAAGAAUUCAUAAUGGAGAGAAACCUUAUGAAUGUAGUCAAUGUGGUAAAGCCUUUGUAGAGAAGUGCAAUCUUCUCAGUCAUGUAAGAAGUCAUACUGGAGAGAAACCCUAUCAGUGUAAUCAAUGUGGUAAAGCUUUUGCUCACAAGAGUUCUCUUCACAAUCAUGUAAGAAUUCAUACUGGAGAGAAACCCUAUCAAUGUAAUCAAUGUGGUAAAACUUUUGCACAGAGGAGUUGUCUUUACAUACAUGAAAGAAUUCAUAAUAGAGAGAAACCCUAUGAAUGUAAUCAAUGUAGUAAAACCUUUACGCAGAAAGUUCAUCUUCGAAAUCAUGAAAGAAUACAUACUGGAGAGAAACCCUAUGAAUGUAGUCGAUGUGGUAAAACAUUUGCACAAAAGAGUAAUCUUCUCAGUCAUGACAGAACACAAAUUUGCAGGAAAUCUUAUGAAUAUAAUCCUAGUGCUAAAUCCUUUACACAGAAAAAUAAUCUUCUCAUUCAUGAAAGAAGUCAUGAAACUGAGAAACCGUAUGAAUGCAAUCUAUGUGGUAAAGCCUUUGCAAGGAAGAGUCAUCUUCACAGUCAUAAAAGAAUUCAUACUGGGGAGAAACCCUAUGUAUGUAAUCAAUGUGGUAAAGCCUUUGCACACAAUAGUCAUCUUCACAGUCAUGAAAGAAUUCAUACUGGAGAGAAACCCUAUGAAUGUAACCAAUGUGAUAAAGCAUUUUCAUGUAAAAGUCAUCUUCACAGGCAUGAAAGAAUUCAUAGUACAGAGAAAUCUUCUGGGUAUAAUCAAUGUGCUAGAGACUUCUCAAGUAACAUUCACCUUCAAAUAGAAGAAACCUCAUACUGGAGACAAGUUCUGUGAAUGCAAUCAGUGUGGUAAAGACUUUAUAUAGAACAGUUGUCUUCUGGCAAGAAAGAAAUCAGGUGACACUAACAUUAUGAAUCUAAUCAGCCUUUUCACAUUGAAGUAGUCUUCAAAAUCAAGAAGACAUUCAAACUGAUAAAAAUCCCCAUGAAAUUAAUAAAUGAUGCCAAGCCUUACAAUCCACAUGCAUUCCCCCCCCCAGAGUUAUCUCACUGCUGCUUCAGUAAGAUUAGUAGAGCCAUCCCAUAGGUAAAAUGUUCUGUUUUUCAAGUUGUAAACAUUAUAUGCAAGAACAACAGAAACACAUGAUAAUUUGAAUAAUAAAUGUAUUUGCAAUAGAAAAUGGUAUUUAUCCUGUUAUCCCAUUAUUUUUGGAUCAUGAUAUUUGAUUCUGAAGUUAAAUACUUCUAAUCAUAGUCUCAGAAACACAAAUGAAUGACAGAGAAGUUUAUUUGUGAGGAAAUGUGAUCACCAGAACUUUCAGUGAAUAUACAUCUGCCCUAUUGGAAUGCCAAAUUGGGUAGGGCCAACAGUCCAAUUUAAAACUUUGUUCAGUGAUUUCAGAUAUGCAAUAAAGACAGAUUCAGACCAAAAGAAACCUCUAAAUGUGUCACAGUAUGUUUGAAAACUUUUUGUAGGCUAAAAAAUUGGGUAUAGAGAGUUAUAAAAAGAAAUAAAUAGUUUUAGUCGAAGUCUGAAAGGAGAAAGUAGAAAUAAUAUAAGAUAAUAAAGCCACAUAAAGAUGAUAAAUACACAGGGAGUGUUGAUUGUAUAUAUUAUUUUGAAUUUUUAAUGACUUUUGGGUAAGAGACAGCUGCUGGGAGACAUGGAAUUAGAAAAGAUACCAACAUAAAUAUUUUUUAAAUGCCUUGUCUUUAAAACAAGUCAAAAAUAUAUUUGUAAAAUGUAAAUUAAAAGAUGGAUUACUUUGGAGAAGCAGUUUUGCCUUAAUUCCACAGGAAACAAGAGGCUGUAGAUUUGUUCCAGGUUAAGAUGGACCAGCUUUGGUCAAGGGAGACCUUUUGAACCCUGACAGAUGAUGUCUAUCAACACGGGUUACCACUGGUCCUCCCAGAACUUGUUCAUUAUCUCAAAAAUUUAUUAGGCACCCAAAGAUAUUUCAUCCACAGACAGCAGGUAGUAAUUUGCAUAAAACGACAUCUGCAUUCCAAAGAGUUGGGGUUUAUGGAUGGUCUUCGGUUAUUUGAUGGAUAAUGGAUGCUUGUUAUACUUAGGGGAAUAUAACAUGUAAAGAUCAUUAUUUAUCUCAUAUUUUCAUUGGCAUGCAUUUUUGUAUAUUGAUACAAAUUUAAGAGUAUUGUCAUCAUACUGCAUAUCUGUUUCUAUUUUUGCUUAAGACACUACCUAUACAUCUCAUGCCUAUAAAGGUUGUUUAAUUAUGCAAUAUGAAGUUUUAAUCCUUAAAAGCUAGUCAGGAUAAUGAAGAAUUUCAAGCUAUUAGUUACUCACGUCUGUCAAACUUGUAGUCAUGUCAGUUUUCAAGGUAAUACAAAGAUAUACUUCACAUGGGUAAUCUUCAAACACUUCAAAGACCUACAGAAUAUGGCAUUUAAAAUAUUUUAAGAGCUUAGACUUUUCUCAACCAUGAGACGUGUCUGCUCAUGACAAUACCAAUUAGCUCGGGAGAAUGAUGUGUAUCGAAGAAGCUCCUUAUGGAAUUUGCUUUCAAUGUGGCAGGGCUAGCCAUUUGAAUAAGAAACUGCUCUUGUCUGGACUGCUUGAUUGUAUGUUGUAUAAACUUAACAUAUAGGAUAGAUAAAAAAUGACUACCGAACUUGGCAAAACAAGAUGGGACAGUACUUCAGGGUUCCUACUUCAUGGAAGCGUCUGACAGACAUUCUGCAGGGCACAGAGAAAAAUGACUGACAAACUGCCAAUAUAGGUAGAACAGCUUCAAAUUUCCUGCUUUGCUGGCCUGUAGACUAAAGUUGGAUGCCUCAGUGCUACAGAACUCUGUCAUAUUUAGAGUUUUGAAAGUUGCUUACAAUUCACUUCUCAGUUUCAUGGGUAAUAUUGAAUCUUUCUGUGGUCUUUGAUGGAGUUGAACACUUAGUUAUAAUUAUAGUUUUCCUUUAGACUUGCAAAGAUAGAAUAGAGUAUUUCCUUUAAUUUUUCAAAUACAAAUAGACUAAAUAUUGUAACUGUAUCCUUUCUUUUUGAUUAGACAGAAACGGGGAAGUUAUGUGGUAUGUCCCUCUGUAUGCUGUCAAUAUAUUUUAUUGCCAUUGGUUAAUAAAGGAGCUGAUUUGGCCAAUAGCUGAACAAAAUAGAGCCAGAUGGGAAAUGUAAGCAGAGAUACAGGGAGAAGAAGUGUAGAGUCGGAGAGAUGCCAACCACCAAGAAAGCAAGGCGUGUAAAAAAUAAGGUAACUUCCUAGGCACAUGGCAAUACGUAGAUAUAUAAAAAUGAGUUAAUCUAGUUGUAUAGAGUAGUUAAUAAUCAGCCUGAGCUAAUAGGCCAAACAGUUUAUAACUAAUAUUAAUCCUCUGAGUGGCUGUUUUAAAAGUGGCUGCAGGACUGGGUGGGAUGAAAAGCCUCUAAUUACAGGAGCUACUAGUGCAGGUGUGGGUGGAACCCAGUAUAGGUUGGAGUACGGGGUCUGGGCAUCGUGCCAAACCACAAAAGCCAACUACAGAGUCAGCUGGUGGACCUGGCGUCCAGGCAUAAGAGGAUAGAAGAGUUCUUCCACGUGAGUGGCUCCUGCCAUUAGGCUCUCCUUAAGGUAUAUUUGUCCCAUGACCCUGUGUAUCUGUCUGCAUAUCUGUCCACACACAAAGGCAAGAAAAGGUGGUUGGAUUCCCUGGAACUUUGACAUUCAAGAUGUAUGCUGCCAUGUGGGGCUGGAAACUGAGCUGUGGUUUUUUGUUUUGUUUUGUUUUUUUUUUAAUAUAUUUGCCAGAGUCCAGCCCCAAUGGGGUUCAGGUCCCAAUGAGGAGGUAUAAAGUCGAUGAAGGAAGGAGAUUGACAGGAUCUGAGGGUGAAUUAGAAUAGCUGCUGGUUUAUUCUCAAAGACCUAUACCUUUUAUUCUCUACAAUUGCACAAUAGUCUAGCCAUAUGAUUCUAGGAUGAACGUGGCCAUCAACCCCAUCGUAGCAUUUUUACUAAGGCAAAAAGGUAUCUAAAUGCCUAUCUUGAUGUGAGCCCGUUGUUUCUACCCAGUGUGCUUUCAUCCUUGUGACCAGGUGUCGCCAGUUCUCUCUGUUCUUGGUGUAAUGGGAGACACAAUGUGGAUUCUUGUGUGGGAGUCGGCAGAGUUAUCACAGUAUAUGGUUCUAUGGUGAUGGAGAUUUUUCCCAAAGAAUUACUUUGUUUAAAGAGACUGUCAUUUUAUAUAUCCUUAUUCUCCACUGAAGCCCACACAAAAUUUCCUGAAGGAAAAGGUAUAAGGAAACUCCCAUAACACAUAGUGAGAACUAUUAAAAAUGAAAUUAAAAAAUGCUGGAGGAUUGUGGUCUGCAAUGUUAAAAUACUGGAACUUAGUGAAGCAGCAAUGUUCUCUGUGUGCUCCACACCAGGCACUGAACUGUGGAACCAUCUCAAGAUUGUUUUUAUCUCUUUCUUAAGGUUUAGUUCAUUAUUCUUGUCUUUGUGCAUGCACAUGCAGAGUGUAAUUUGGAAUCAGAUGACAGCCUAUGUGAUGCAGUCCUCUCCUCCUACCAUGUGGAUUGUAAGAACCAAACCAUAUCCAUCAGUCUUGGUUGCAAGUCUUGGUCUAUUUUUGUUAGUCAUUGCUUUUGAUGUUUUCUUUUUGAAACAGGCUCAUAAAUUUCAGGCUGACUUUAAAAUCAUAAUGCUUCUGCCUUCACUUCCUAAUGCUAGAAUGAUUGGUUUCAGUAUCAUGCCCUCCUAUGCAGAGGCCUGGUGAAUGCUGACCUUUUGCUCUACUGGAUGAAACCAAUCUGAGCUGAAAAAAUUGAUGUAGCUGACAUUUUGAUACAAUGGUCUACACUGAGACCUCAUCUCAAAAUCAAACAAAAACUGCAAAGAAAUAAAAAAUUUUUGUUAAAUA